AUGAAGAGCUUUUACAUGUAUUUGAUCCUAUCUUUAUUCCUUGUAUUUUCUCUGAAAAACUUUAGGCUUGUAUGUGGCCAAGAUCCUACAUAUGGAUUCAGCCCUGUCCCAUUGACACGAGCAAAUUUUGAGCUGCAGAAGCCAUAUGACAUACCACUAAACCAAAGGUACAGCUAUAUUAAUGGCGUUCAUCGAUUAUGGGUCUAUGCUGAUGAUAAGCCUCAUGAUCCUAGCAGCCACACUCAGCCUCGCACAGAAAUUCGCAUUACGGGACUGGACUACGAUUCUGGGGUUUGGCAAUUUGAAGGUCAUGGUUUUGUGCCAAAUGGAACAUCUGGUGCUACAGUAGCUCAGAUCCAUGGUGCGGCACAUGGUGCUACCACACUGAUACUAAGAAUAUACAACGGAGAUAUGAGGUAUUACAGUGGAGAUUUGGUGGCUCAGAACCUUUAUGAUAAGUGGUUCAGACUUAAUAUCAUCCAUGAUGUGGAUGGAGGAAUGGUGACUGUGUUCAUUGAUGGAGAGCAAAAGUUUCAGACAAAGGAUCGAGGGCCAGGAGACUUGUACUUCAAGUGUGGGGUUUAUGCUGCAGGUUCCAAUAUAAGCUACUACAUGGAAUCAAGAUGGAGAGACAUCAAAAUAUAUAGAAAAUGA